UAUGACCAAUAAAUAAGUACUCCCUAGAAAAGAAGAAAAUAAGGAAGAGUACAUAUAUGCAAAGAUAAAAGGAGGAGAAAGUAGGCAAUUACUCACCACCUAACAUAGUCGCCCCAUUAAGGGACGCGUUCCCCUGUCGCGCGAGCACACUUUAUAAUAAACUCUCCUCGUCAUUUUCAUCCCACCCAGUCUCACCUUACCUAUUCGGUUUGCUACCUUUUCUAGGGAGAGAUACGAGGUCCGAGGCUAAAUCCAUGGCUUUCCUGUCGUUCAUCGGAAGGCUUCUCUUCGUCUCCGCCUUCAUUCUUUCCGCUUACCAAGAGUUUAAUGAAUUCGGAACUGAUGGUGGCCCAGCAGGGAAAACAUUGAACUCCAAAAUCAAUGUGUUCACUAAGAAUGUAGCAACACACACUGGUUUUCAAGUUCCUCGUGUGGAGAUCAAGCAUAUUGUUUUGGGCCUUAUCGUUGUGAAGGGGCUUGGAAGCCUUCUCUUUGUCUUUGGAAGCUCUCUUGGAGCUUACAUUCUGCUUUUGCAUCAAGCUGUUGUUACUCCAAUUAUAUAUGACUUUUACAAUUAUGAAGCUGACAAGAAAGAAUUUGCUCAACUGUUCGUCAAGUUUUCACAGGUAAUUGUUAAAAUCCCUUUUCCUGCACUAGCGCCCCAAAUCAGCACCACACUUUCCAUGUGACAAGGUGGAAUGGGAAUGGAUUACAAUGGAUCUCUCUCCUAUCAUUUUGGUGUAUUUGGGACCAUGAAAGUACUAUGUGAAAAGAAAUUAGGGAGGACAAUGCAAAGUACUAAUUUAGAAUGCAAAAACUGUGAAGGAGGUGGUUUAUAAAAUUUGUUUUUUAUCAAGGAAAAUCACAAAUUUGGUUAAAACUUCACACUUUUUAAAUCUGCAAAGAUUUGCAUCUCGGACACAAACUAAAUGACCCUGCAAGCUAACUUUUAUUUUCCCAAGAUCUCUUUUCUUCCAAAUCUCCUUCUUUAUAAUCCAUAUUUAUUUGAAAACCCCCCACAAAUAUUACUCCUCAGAAAGUGGUUGACACUUGACAGAAUUGUUACUUCAUAAAUUUUAGUGACUAUAAUUGUGUUCAAAGUUACAAUGAUGUAGUCACUAUGAUGUAAACUUUGAACACAAUUAUAGUCACUAGAAUUUACUAAGUCACAUAUUUGCCCAUGACUUUUUUAUUCGUACUAUUUUAGGUAAAAAAAGUUAUGCAUAAGAAAAUAAGCAUUCACCCCCAACUUGUUCCAUUUUCCAAACAUAAAUCCAUAGGAAGAGAAAAUCAAUUUCUGUUUUGACAAUGAGUGGUUUAUAUACAUAGUACUAGUAUCAUUUAGAGAUGCCUGCUAUACUUUUAAUUGUUUUGGCUGGCAGGGUUUACAAUUGCUUGGGGCACUGCUGUUUUUCAUUGGCAUGAAGAAUUCGAUUCCAAGGAGAACAUUAGUGAAGAAGAAGGCUCCCAAGUCGAAAGCCCUUUGAGGAUGGACCGGACAUGGGUUGAGUUUUUUUUUGUGUGUGCACUAAUUAACAUGUUUCCAUUUGUCACAUUGGACCGUCUUUUGUAAGCUUUGUAUUUUUUGGUACUCUUAUGAAAUCUAAUCUUUGUUCUUUUGGGAUUUUUCGUUUUAUUUUUUGAAUCUUUUCUUCCUACUAUAUUUAUAUACUUGAGAAGAAAAGAGAAUUUCAAAUUGUUGCUCUGUUAUGGAUGGCAGGACGACUUACUACUAAUAGAGUAGUUGAAUUCAGCAGUUAUUUCACUUAUUUGCAACCUUAUCAGCUUAUCUUUCUCCUCGUGAGUCUUAUCAAUUAUAGAGUAGUUUCUUACCCAUAAUUGAUUUCUGUAGUCAGC